AUGUCUUGGAGAACGGCGAGUUCAUCGAUUCGGGAUCGAACGCAGGAGUUUCUAAGUGUAGCGGAGAGGCUGAGGAAGCCGCUCGUACAGAAUGGUCCGAGUAGUAGUGGUUCAAGGUCGGAGGAUCAGAGGUCUAUGGUUGCUGUGCAGUCGGAGUUCAACAGGAGGGCUUCGAAAGUAGGAUUCGGGAUACAUCAAACAUCGCAGAAACUUGCGAAGCUGGCAAAAUUGGCGAAGAGGACCUCUGUUUUUGAUGACCCUACCAUGGAAAUACAGGAGAUGACUGCAGUUAUCAAGCAAGAUAUCACUGCUCUUAACUCAGCUGUGGUUGAUCUUCAGCUUCUCUGCAACUCUCGGAAUGAGAGUGGGAAUAUCUCCAGGGACACCACUAGUCAUUCAACUACAGUUGUAGAUGACUUGAAGAACCGCUUGAUGAGUGCCACAAAAGAAUUCAAAGAAGUCCUCACUAUGCGGACAGAGAACUUGAAAGUUCAUGAGAACAGAAGACAAUUGUUUUCUUCUACUGCUUCCAAGGAUUCUACAAAUCCUUUUACUCGCCAGCGUCCCCUGACUGCAAGGACUGCUGCUAGUACCUCAACUGCCCCUCCUCCUCCAUGGGCUAAUGGGUCCCCAUCUUCAUCGCAGUUAUUUCCUAGGUAA